AUGGGCCUCGCCGAGCGCCUCGCGGCGCAUCAAAACAAGGAAGAGGAGGACGACCGCCCUCUAACGGAAGACGAGGAGCUCGCCAAGAGGAUGGCCGAGCGGUCCUGGGCGGAGCGCCAGGAGGAACCGGAGGGCCUCAAGCGGAUUAAGCGCAUGGGCAAGCAGAUGGCGCCGGAUCGCACGUCAGCCCAUCUGGCCAUGCGCUUCGGGGCACGAGCAGCUCUGCUCGAAGCGUUCCGCGACGCGCGGAAGCAGCAAAUCGCCAAGGGCAAGGCCACACCCAUGACGGGAACCUCGACAGUAGCGACGAUGGAGGCGACGAUGACGGACCACCAGAAGGCCCAGAUCUGGCGGUUCUUUAAUUCUCAAACACAGAUGGGCCUCGAGAUUCCCUUCUGGCUGGCCCUGGAUUGUUUGAUGCAGCGCGAGCUCUGUGGGCGGGCUUGUCUCGGACGAGCGCCUCUCGAUAGGGAAGCGUGGGUCGUCGGCAAGAAGCAGGAGAAGAUGUACGUUGUUGUAAAAGGUUCCGCUUGUGUCGUCGAAGCGUCGGACGGCGGGGGGACACCUUCUGGAGGAACGAUGGCUUCUGAGGAGGAAGCGACAGACAAGGCCAUGGUCGAGGGGCCGGUCUGGAGGAAAGAUCCUGCGAACGAUUUGCGGAGGGCCUCGCACGUGUUCGGGUGUCUCAAGGUGCCCGACGCCGUCCAGGAAUGCCUGACGAAGGCCUGUUCCGAUGCUAGGAAGCUCCGGUCCUUCCUACUGAAGGAGAUCGACCGUUCAAUAGAGUUUGAUGCGUUACUCGUGAAGGAAGGGUUUCCCAUUGAAAUUGGAUUGACGAGGACGCCUCGAGAAGGCGACGCGACCUUCCUGACCGCUGAAGAGCCUCCACAGGAGGAGGAAGAGCCUCCCCAGGAAGAAUCUUCGGAGGACGAGGACUCGGAUGAUCCUGAUGUCAUAAAAAGACGGGACGAGGCGAAUGCGGACGAGGACGCGUUGUCUGAUGUCGACCACGCCGAAGCUUCUAGGGUGAUGAAGUCACUCGAUGUCAUGGCUCAGAACCAAAGAUUGGCUAUAGUGGAGAUCGAGGCCGCUUUGCCAGGUUUUCCUGAUAAAUUAUUUGGCAACUUUUUACUGGAGCAGUUCAAAUCAUUGGAUGUGAAUUCCGACGGGGAGAUCGAGUUGAAAGAAUUAGCGGAGUGCUGUCGGCGGUGGCGGAAGAUUCGGAGGGACAAGGAGCGGUCGCUGGAGCGGAAAGAGGCGAAGCGACUGCGCCGGGAGGCGCGCUGGAAACAAGCUCUGGAGGAGCAGGUGAAGCCCGAGUACCGGUUCGGCUUGGAUCCGUGUCCCACGCCAUCGACGCGAUGUCUCACUGGUUGAUGUCCACGCAGGUUUGGACGCGGCCGAGGACGAGCCCGACGAGGACAACUCGUGGCAGGACUGGACGUGGGAUAAACCCCUGGGGGCCAAGUUUUCUGCUGGUGCCGAAUAUUUGUCGUUCAGGACCGGACGGUCGUGGGACCGGCUCUGGAAGGACGCGCAAGAACCGGCAGUCGCUCCCGGACCGGUCGGCCGAUUGACGCCGUCGGAAGUCCUAGCUUUACGAGCGCGGGGCCUGGGCUUUCUCGCACCACACGCGCAAAUUAGAGAAUUAGAUUGCAACGAUCUACUGGUGGACGAAAGCACGAAGCCCUCGGAGGUCUUUUUGACGCUGGACGGCACCGUGGCCAUCGAGAUGCGACGGGAACUCGACGAGGACGACGACGCGGGCGUCCACGCCGCCGUCGAGAAGGGCUUGUUCCGGGACACGGUCACUUUAGCUGUCUUGCCGGCGCCUGUGUUGGUGGGUGAGUUCGCGUCGAUCGACGGCUUUGGCAGGAAGCAGUACUGCAAGGUCACGGCGCUCGGGGAUUUGCCCGUCCAUGCUGGCGUGAAUGAUGAUGAUCUGAAAUUGGAUGCAGCAGAAAAAGACGUGGACCCGGGCACGGGCAAACGUAGAAUACGAAAAGGGACGCGCGUUCUCGCGAUCUCGGCCAAGUUGUUCGAGAAGCUCCUGGCGCAGCGGCCCGAGGAGAAGCGAGCUCUUGAGAAAGCGGCUCUGAUUAAGAGAGCGUGGCUCGACGAGCGCAAGAAGCAUCGCUGCGAGGUUCGACGUAGGAGGAAUCGCGCGCGGAAGAAGCGGCUGUCGCUCGGUGAGGACGACCAGUCCACCGUCGUCACGGGGGGGCUGUCUCAUGCCGCUCCGGAGUUCACAGGAAGUCGUUAUUGGAAGCUCUGGUCCUGCGGUGCUGUCCUAGCGAAGGGCGCCGAGGACUUGCCUUGGAAAGCUGAGGCAUUAAGAACGGACGACAAUAACCCGUUAUGCGUCCCGCCGUCCUUCUACUCGGGUGCUGUCUUAGAUUUUGAUGAAGCACAAUUAGCUAUGGACUUGGUGGUGGAUCCGCCGGACGACGCGGACGUGGAAGAUGCCGCGGCGCGCGCGCGGAAGAUCCGGAUGGAGGUGUCGCUGGCCGAUACGGGUGCGCUAGGAUCGUUUUCCUUACCGGGGUUGUUUGAUGAGCUGGAGGAGGACGGCGGCGUGAAGUCGCCGCUGCAGCACUGGAAGGAGGUUCGCUGCCAGCGUCCACCUUCAAUGAACGCGCCAUCGACGCGCGCCGUCGCCGCACGGGUGAUCGAGACCCCACCAAGACGCCAUCGCCGCGACUCACUGGUUGAUGUCCACCCAGGUCCUGCCCGAGGAGCGCGAAGCUUUAUUGCCGCCCGACGAGCACGACUAUGUGAUGCGCCAGGAGAAGGUCCGGCCGCCCUCGAUCACCCAGUUGAAGGCCGUGGCGAAGACGCCGUUCCUCAUGCCUUAUCCCUCGAUGACUUUGAACCGAACUCUGUUAGGAGUGAACCUGCCGGAAUGCUCAAAAUUGGAAUUACCCGCGAAGCAGUGCGACGACUCGAAGCCGCCUGUUCUGGAUCCCCAAGCUAGACGGGACCUGGCCGCUGUGGGUCUCGCAAGGAGACGAGCUAAGCUCGGGAGGAACACAAUGCGCGACCCGCGAGAUGAUACAAAACGAAAUAAGAUGUUGUUGGGAGGCUUCCCGGGCAACUAUAAACCUAAACAACAGGAGGUUGACGCAGCUUUCAAGUUCAAGCCUAAAGAACCGAAAGCAGGGGUCGUUAUGGCGGGUCCGGGCUACAAGGCCGCGAAGGAAAUGGUCCGCGACGACGACCGCAGGCCGAUCCACUCGAAUCUUGGCGAUGCUCUUCACAGUCUAGUGGGCGUGCGCGGCGCGCAGAUCAGCGACAUGUCGGAAACGUUCGCGCGGACGCGGCGCGAAGAAGCGGCCGCUUUGCGCGAAGCUCGCUUAGAUGGCACAUAUAGAGAGCCCUGGGACAUCGAGCCCGAAUUACUACGGUCGACGCAGGAGGUGCUCGCGGACGGUCUGAAGUCCUUCGAAAAGACGUCGACGGAAAAGUGGCCGACGGUCCGGGAGCUCUCACCCAGGCGAGCCGCGGCGAAGGUCGGCGAGAUGACGGCGCCGUACGAGUACGGCGCCGCGCCGCCGCCGGACCGCAGCUCGACGCCGGGGCCGAUGUUCCGCUUCCAGGCCGCGGCGCCGACGGUGUCGAGAAAGUCGGUGCGGGGGUCCUUGCGGACGACGCCUACGCCGAGUCUUUCUUCGUAAGUUUUGUUAGUACACCGU